AUGACUAAGAUAUCAUUAAUAGGAAGUGGUCAAAUAGGAGCAUUAGUAGGAGAACUAUGUUUAAUAGAAAAUUUGGGAGAUAUAGUUUUGUAUGAUAUAGCAGUAGGAACACCUCAGGGAAAAUGUUUAGAUUUAAAACAUUUUAGUACAAUAUUAGGAGUAAAUAGGAAAAUACUAGGUACAAAUAAUAUUGAAGAUAUAAAAGAUUCAGAUAUUAUUGUAAUAACAGCAGGCAUGCAAAGAAAGGAAGGAAUGACAAGAGAAGAUUUAAUUGGAAUAAAUGGAAAGAUAAUGAAAAGUGUAGCAGAAUCAGUUAAACUAUACAGUCCAAAUGCUUUUGUUAUAUGUGUUAGUAAUCCAUUAGAUAUUAUGGUAAAUGUAUUUCAUAAAUAUAGCAAUUUGCCACAUGAAAAGAUAUGUGGUAUGGCUGGAAUUUUAGAUACAUCUAGAUUUAGAACAUUAAUAGCAGAAAAAUUAAAUGUAUCAUCAGAAAAUGUUAAUGCAAUAAUUUUAGGAGGACAUGGUGAUUUAAUGGUUCCUCUUGUAAGAUAUUGUUCUGUAUCUGGUAUUCCUUUAACUGAUUUUGUUAAUCAAAAUUUUAUAAGCCAAAAGGAUAUAAAUGAGAUUGUUGAAAAAACUAGAGAUGGUGGUGCAGAAAUUAUUAAACUAGCUAAAGCUUCAGCUUGUUUUGCUCCAGCUGCUGCAAUUGUAAAAAUGAUAAAGUCUUAUUUAUUUAACCAAAAUCAAUUAUUUACAUGUGCUGUUUAUUUAAAAGGAAUUUAUAACUGUGAUAAUUUAUUUGUUGGUACAACUGCUACCAUUAAUAGUAAAGGUGCUUUUCCAGUUGAAUUUCCUUUAACUAAAGAAGAACAAGAAUUGUAUGAUAAAUCUAUUCAACAUGUUAGAGAAAAUACCCAUAAGGCAUUUAAUAUGAUUAAUUAA